AUGUUGGGCAGCCCUAAGGCAGUGCAUCAUGAAGGGAAUGGCAGGGCUGGCCCACAAGAUGGCUUCCGUGCCCAGGAGGAUGAGGAGCCCAGCACUGAGAAAGCAGCUUCUAAGGAGCAAGGGCAGCCUGGGGAAGAGAAAAUGGAAGAGCCAAGAGCAGUGUCUGCUCCUGAGGAGGGAGAGGAAGGGGGAGAGCAGAGUUCAGAGGAAGAUAACGAGCAGGGGGAGUCUGAGGAAGAGGCCAAGGAGGAAGGGGGAGAGCAGAGCUCAGAGGAAGAUAACGAGCAGGGGGAGUCUGAGGAAGAGUCCAAGGAGGAGGGAGAGUCCAAGGAGGAGGGAGAGUCUGAGGAAGAUGGUGCCGGGCAAGCAGGGCCAGAGAAUGGAGCUGAAGGCAGUAACAAGGAAGCGACUGGUGCUUCUGGCAAAAAGGGACAUGGCAAACCAGCAGCUGCUGGCAAGGGAGAAGCCAGGGAUGGUCCUGCCAGCUGCCAUCACCCACCCUGUGGGGAUGCAGCAGAAGACCCACCAGCAGUGGUGGAAGACCCACCAGCAGUGGUGGAAGACCCACCAGCAGCAGAAGACCCACCAGCAGUGGUGAAAAACCCCCCAGCAGCAGAAGACCCCCCUGCAGACAAAGCAUCGCUGGCAGAAACUGAGAGCCUACCUGGCCACAGCACCCACCCAGCUGCCGCCGAGCUCCGGCACAGCCAGAUAGAAGAGGUUGAAGAUGCCAGCGAGCCGACCAAGCGUGACCGGUCCCACUUGGAGAACACCCUCAAGCUGAACGAGGACAAACCCGCUGAUGAUUUCUCAGGAGUACUGCAGCGGCUGAGGAAGAUCUACCAUGCCUCCAUCAAGCCCCUGGAGCAGUCCUACAGAUACAACGAGCUGAGGCAGCAUGAGAUCACAGCUUACCCUGGACGCACCCUGGGCUCCUCUGCCACAGAUGGGGAGAUCACUUCCAAGCCGAUGGUGCUAUUCCUGGGACCGUGGAGCGUUGGCAAAUCCUCCAUGAUAAACUACCUCCUCGGGCUGGACAACACUCCCUACCAGCUCUACACAGGGGCAGAACCCACCACCUCUGAAUUCACUGUCAUCAUGCACGGCCCCAAGCUGAAGACCAUCGAGGGCAUUGUGAUGGCUGCUGACAGCUCCCGCUCCUUCUCACCCCUGGAGAAGUUUGGGCAGAACUUCUUGGAGAAGCUGAUAGGGAUCGAGGUGCCCCACAAACUGCUGGAGCGAGUCACCUUCGUGGACACGCCGGGCAUCAUCGAAAACCGCAAGCAGCAAGAACGAGGUUACCCAUUCAACGAUGUGUGCCAGUGGUUCAUUGACAGAGCUGAUCUCAUCUUCGUUGUCUUCGACCCUACGAAGCUGGACGUGGGCUUGGAGCUGGAGAUGCUGUUUCGCCAGCUGAAGGGCCGCGAGUCUCAGAUCCGAAUUAUCUUGAACAAAGCUGACAGCCUGGCUACCCAGGAGCUCAUGAGAGUCUACGGUGCCUUAUUUUGGAGCUUGGCUCCUCUCAUCAACGUCACGGAGCCACCCAGGGUAUAUGUUAGCUCCUUCUGGCCCCACGAGUACCAGCCGGACACCCACAAAGACCUGUUCCUCAAAGAAGAGAUAUCACUCCUGGAAGAUCUCAACCAGGUGAUUGAGAACAGGAUGGAAAAUAAGAUCGCCUUCAUACGCCAGCAUGCCAUCCGGGUGCGCAUCCACGCCCUUUUGGUCGAUCGCUAUCUACAGACCUACAAGGACAAAAUGACCUUCUUUAGCGAUGGAGAACUGGUGUUCAGGGACAUUGUGGAAGAUCCUGACAAGUUCUUUAUCUUUAAGUCCAUUCUGGCAAAGACCAAUGUCAGCAAAUUUGACCUCCCCAACCGUGAAGCUUACAAGGACUUCUUUGGCAUCAACCCCAUCACCAGUUUUAAGCUGCUGUCUCAGCAGUGUUCUUACAUGGGAGGGUGUUUCCUAGAGAAGAUCGAGAAGGCCAUCACUCGUGAGCUUCCCGAUCUCUUGGGAAGCAUCGGCUUGGGGAAGAAGCCCAACGUUCUCUCCUGCGACAUCACCGGCUGCGGCGAAACCCCAAAGAAUCGCUACAGGAGGCCCUAAGGUUCUGUGAUACGUUACAGAACGGUUCGUCCACGUGUUCCUACCGAUGAAUGAGCUUAUGUCUUAUCUGUCCAAGAAGCCGUGGUUUGUUAACCCUUUGAGUGCCGCACUGGCAAAAGGCUACUGUACGAUGAGGACUUUGAGUCAUUGACACCGAUGGCAGGGGAAGAUGGGUGGGCAUAAGAAAGAGAAUAAAAACUGUGAAU